ACGGAGCGCGCGCCCACCGCGUCCCUGCCCCCCUCGAUGGGCGCGGGGGCGUCCCGGCCGCUGCAGCCGCCGCAGGAGCCGGGCUGAGCCGCCGCCGUCGUCGCCGAGCGCGCCGCAGCCGCGGGCCGCGGAGGUUAAGCCCAUCCACAGUAAUGGCCACAGCCUUACCCAGGACCCUGGGGGAGCUGCAGCUGUAUAGAAUAUUGCAGAAAGCCAACCUGCUUUCUUAUUUUGAUGCCUUUAUCCAACAAGGUGGCGAUGAUGUCCAGCAACUUUGUGAAGCUGGAGAGGAGGAAUUUUUGGAAAUCAUGGCACUCGUGGGCAUGGCGAGCAAGCCCCUUCACGUUAGACGGCUGCAGAAGGCUUUGAGAGACUGGGUGACAAACCCGGGCCUUUUCAACCAGCCACUCACUUCCCUUCCCGUCAGCAGCAUACCCAUCUAUAAAUUACCAGAGGGAUCCCCAACGUGGCUGGGGAUAUCCUGCAACAGUUACGAGAGGAAUAGCGGUGUGAGGGAACCACACUUAAAAAUCCCCAAGUGUGCCGCCACCACGUGUGUGCAGAGCUUGGGUCAGAGCAAGUCCGAGGUGGGAGGGUUAGCGCUGCAGAGCGUCAGCGAGUCCCGACUCUGGCAAGGACACCACGCCACUGAGAGUGAGCACAGCCUGUCCCCAGCGGACCUGGGCUCCCCAGCCUCCCCGAAGGACAGCAGUGAGGCCCUGGAUGCUGCCGCCGCCCUCUCUGUGGCUGAGUGUGUGGAGCGGAUGGCCGCCACGCUGCCCAAAAGUGACUUGAACGAGGUGAAGGAGCUGCUCAAGAACAAUAAGAAGUUGGCCAAAAUGAUUGGUCACAUCUUCGAGAUGAGUGACGACGAUCCACACAAAGAGGAGGAGAUUCGGAAGUACAGCGCCAUCUAUGGCCGGUUUGACUCCAAGAGAAAGGAUGGUAAACACCUCACAUUGCAUGAGCUGACCGUUAACGAAGCGGCCGCCCAGCUCUGUGUGAAGGACAAUGCCCUGCUGACGAGGAGAGAUGAACUGUUUGCCCUGGCCAGGCAGGUCUCUCGAGAAGUCACCUACAAGUACACUUACAGGACCACCAGGUUAAAAUGUGGUGAAAGAGAUGAAUUGUCUCCAAAGAGAAUUAAAGUGGAGGACGGCUUCCCAGACUUCCAGGAGUCCGUGCACACGCUCUUCCAGCAGGCCAGGGCCAAGGGCGAGGAGCUUGCAGCACUCGGUUCCCAGGCCGAGAAGGGGAUGGCGAAGCAGAUGGAGCUGCUGUGUGCCCAGGCCAGCUACGAGAGGCUGCAGCAGGAGAGGAGGCUGACAGCCGGGCUCUACAGACAGAGCUCCGGAGAGCACAGCCCGGACGGCCUGCCCUCCGACGGCUCCGACGGACAAGGAGAACGACCUCUGAAUCUCCGAAUGCCUGAUGUACAGAACAGACAGCCCCAUCAUUUUGUGGUCGAUGGGGAGCUGAGCAGACUUUACUCCAGUGAGGCCAAGUCCCACUCCUCAGAGAGCCUUGGGAUCUUAAAAGACUACCCUCACUCAGCUUUUACCUUGGAAAAGAAAGUUAUUAAAACAGAGCCUGAAGACUCAAGAUAGCUGAGAUUCUCCCACCAUUCUCUGGAAAUGGCACCAGAUUCGAGGAUAAUGCUCCAUCAUAGAAUAAGCCUUAAUAACCAGUGUUGCCUCAUUCAGCUCAAACAGAUCAUAGCCAAAGCGUAAGAACUCACACAGCCGUCUGUGGAAACCGGGACAAAGCCGCAGCCCCAGAGGAGGGAAUCAAGAGAGCGUUGCAAUGUAACAAACACUGACCAUUACCUUCCUGUGUACGUUGUUCGUGUGGAAAGGCUCAAUAUUGUAGGCAUUCACUAUUUAAGAAUGUUCAAUGUGUCUGUGUAAUUUAUAGAAGCAAAUCUAGGUGUUGAGACCUUCUGGUCUAAUAUAUGUGGAUACCAUUCUUUUUACUUGAAAUUUUGUUGUCUACUUUAAGUGUAUUUACGGUAAAUGUUACUCAUCAACAUUUAGGACUUUUGCAGUCAUAAGAAGAAAGAUUAAGCGAUGUAGUUAUUGGCAUGGUGGCCGCGACUGGAGAAAGAUGGAGGACAGAUACGCAGUUCACACCAAGGAAAAGACGAUGUACUUAUUACUUGAUUAAAAUUGAUUUUGGUUACUAGGAAAUGUGUAGCCUUCACUAAAUAAUGCCACUUUCAUUGGGUUAAUCAAUGCACAAAUUAAAAAUUGGAGUAAUAUUUCCAAGAUGAGGUAGGCUACAUUCCUGACAGCUGCUCAAGAUGUAAGAAAGUGGGACAGAAGCCUUGGAAUAAAUGGGCUAAUGUGUAAAAGCCUUGACUUAAGCAUUGAUGUUUCAGAGUAUGUUAAGUAAAUUAAGGCACAGUAAGUUAACCCUAAAUGUGAUAAAGAUGAUGAUGCUGUGGGUGAAUUGACAUGGAGUGUGUGUUGUUUUUAGUUUUGCUUUAGACCACGGCUGUAAUAAAUAUUAGUUCCUAA